AUGGAAUGGCCCUCAGUUGAACGAGCAGGUGCACUUCAACGCGCGCGGCGCGUGCGCGCGGUACAUGGGCGUCAUCGAGAUCUCCCCGAAGUGCGCACCCACCGUAUCUCAUUUAUUUCUCCCGCCCGCCCGCCGCGCGUGUCUUCGUCUUGUCUUCGCGCGCCCCGACCCGACCAACGACGACCGCACGAUGUGCCGCGUCAUCAUAUCUUCGCUCACUCCGCCCGCGUCUUUCUUCUUCUUCUUCUCUUCUCCUUCCAGGGACGGCGGCGAGCUGUACAACGGGACGUUGACCGACGGCCUGUGGCUGAUGUGGGCGAACGAGGGCGAGCGCACGGUCGAGGACCUCAUGCGCGAGAGCACGACCGCGCUGGCGAGAGGAUGAACUGCUCGAAGUAUCAGUGCUACGAGUUCCAGCCCGAGGGCGGCGACGUCGGCGAGACGGGCGUGACUCGCAAGGCGAUGAAGGAGCUCCUCGGCGCCCUCGCGCGUCUUCACGCCGCGGGGAUCGUUCACAGGGACGUCAAGCCCGCGAACUUGAUCGUGUCCAACGUGGACGACGGCGUGUUGAAACUGAUCGACCUCGGAUCCGCGGCGAUGUGCUUGGGCGAGACGCCGAUGAACUACUACCCGGGCGACGGCCCAGCGGAUCCGCGGUACUGCAAACCGGGGGAGACGCAUCUCAUCCCGGAGGGGUGCCCGCGUCCGACGAAGGAUAACAUGAAGAAGCUGUGGAACGUACACCGCCCGUACGCGUUCGACGUGUUCUGCGCGGGGACGACGAUGAUGCAGCUCGCGGUGGUCGGCCUCAGAAGCGACGCCGCGAUCGAAAAGUUCCUCGCCGAGUUUUGCGGAAAGUGCAAUUACGAUUUGGUCGCGUGGAGAAAAGAGUACGGCGACGAGACCCGCGGGCUGUCGUUCGCCGCGCUGGACGUGGACGACGGCGCGGGGUGGGAGCUCGCGCAGGCGCUCAUGACGCCGGAGAGGGACGCGAGGAUCACCGCGGAGAAAGCGUUGGAGUGCAGGUACUUAGCCGCCGCGGUGGAGGACGCCAAGAAGGGCGCCGUGGCGCGGUGA